ACGGUGACGGUGCGGAGCCGCCGGGCGCGACGGCCGGGGCAGCCGGGGCCUGAGCGGCGCUGCGGGCGCGCGGGCCGAGCUGGACUGGCCAUUAUGGAAGACGAGGUAGAGCAGCACUCACACUGUGUGAAUUGUGUCAGUAGACGGUGUAUGACCAGACCAGAGCCUGGGAUUGCCUGUGACUUGAUUGGUUGUCCAUUGGUUUGUGGAGCAGUUUUCCAUGCUUGUAAAGCCGAUGAGCAUCGACUCUUGUGUCCCUUUGAACGAAUACCUUGCUUAAAUAGUAACUUUGGAUGUCCAUUUACCAUGGCACGAAAUAAAGUUGCUGAACAUCUAGAAAUGUGCCCCGCAAGUGUGGUGUGCUGUACUAUGGAGUGGAACCGAUGGCCAGUUAGUUACGCAGACCGGAAAUCGUAUGAAAACCUAAGCAGAGAUGUUGAUGAAGUGGCACAAUUAGACAUGGCCUUAGCUCUUCAGGAUCAAAGAAUGCUUUUGGAAUCUCUCAAAGUUGCCACCAUGAUGUCAAAAGCAACUGAUAAAAUAUCUGCACCCAGAGAACAAAUUUCAGUGAAAUCAAGCGUUCAGGAAAUACCAUGUACUAAUGGGUUGGUAUCUGUUGAUGAAGAAUCAUAUGGUGCACUUUAUCAAGCCACCGUAGAAACAACUAGAAGUUUGGCUGCUGCUUUAGAUAUCCUGAAUUCUGCCACAAGAGACAUUGGUAUGUUAAAUGCAAGUCUUUCUGCUACCACAGAUGAGAUGGAUGAGAAAAACAGAGACAGCUUCCAGGAAAGAAACUUAAAAGGCCAGGACCACCUUCAUGAGGAGGAGAUGGGGGCAGUAGGUGGAGCUGACCAUCAUGGCAUAAGCCAGAAUGCUCAGUCUGAACAAAAUGGGUCAAGUGAUUUACUGUGUGACUUAAAUGCAAGUUCUUUUGGUACUGCUGCUCUUUGUAAUGGCUUUCCUUUGGAAAGUAUGUGUUCACAGAUCAAAGGUCAGGAUCAAAAUUUUCCUGGUGACUCUAUAGACAGUAACAUGGAAAACGGAGAGUGUGCAGCAGCAGAUGGUACUUCAGAACCUUCCAGUUCACUUGUUGUAGCAGCACAACUGAGGGAAAUAAUGCCUUUCAGUGCUUUGCCGGAUAGCACAUUUCAGCAUAGCCUCAUGCCAGAUGAAGAUGAUGAUGAGGACUUGUGUGGGGAAAAGGCAGACUUAGGGGAUGUGAAGGAUGUUGAUGGCUCACUGUUCAGUCAUGCUCCUUCGUUUAAGUUUCUUUCUAAUUCAUGGUAUAUACCAAAGGAAGACAAAGCAGUUGACACGUCGGAUUUAGAAGUUGCAGAAGAUCCCAUGGACCUCCAAGGAAUAGACCUGAUUACAGCAGCAUUACUCUUUUGUCUGGGAGAUUCUCCAGGUGGGAGGGGUAUAUCCGAUAGCCGCAUGGUUGAUGUUUAUCACAUUGACUUUGGGACACAGACUUUCUCACUUCCAUCUGCAAUAUUAGCUACAAAUACAAUGGUUGGGGAAAUAGCUUCAGCUUCAGCGUGUGAUCAUGCCAAUCCACAGCUUUCAAAUCCAAGCCCUUUUCAGACACUUGGGCUGGAUUUAGUUUUGGAAUGUGUUGCUAGGUACCAGCCCAAGCAGCGUUCAAUGUUUACCUUUGUAUGUGGACAGUUAUUCAGAAGAAAAGAAUUUUCUUCCCAUUUUAAGAAUGUACAUGGUGACAUUCAUGCUGGACUCAAUGGGUGGAUGGAACAGAGGUGUCCUUUGGCUUACUAUGGUUGUACCUAUUCUCAACGUAGAUUUUGUCCAUCAACACAAGGAGCAAAGAUUAUACAUGACCGCCAUUUAAGGUCAUUUGGAGUUCAGCCGUGUGUAUCUACAGUAUUAGAAGAGCCUUCUAGAAACUGUGUGUUGGGAUUACGCAGUGACCAUCUAAGUAGUCUCCCAUUUGAGGUACUGCAACACAUUGCAGGCUUUCUCGAUGGCUUCAGUUUAUGCCAGCUUGCAUGUGUGUCCAGGCUAAUGAGGGAUGUGUGUGCCAGCCUUCUUCAGUCCCGUGGAAUGGUAGUAUUGCAGUGGGGGAAAAAGAAGUAUCCAGAAGGAAAUUCAUCAUGGCAGAUAAAAGAAAAGGUGUGGCGAUUCAGUACUGCAUUUUGUUCUGUUAAUGAAUGGAAAUUUGCUGACAUCCUAAGCAUGGCUGACCACUUGAAGACUUGCAGUUACAAUGUUGUAGAGAAACGGGAGGAAGCAAUCCCUUUGCCAUGCAUGUGUGUGACUCGUGAGCUUACUAAAGAAGGACGAUCACUGCGCUCAGUUUUAAAACCCGUGCUUUAAAACUGUAUUUACUUGCACAAACAUGCAAGCACCUGCUGUGAGUUCUUUGUAAUAUGUGACACUUUAUUAAUGUAUUAAAGACGACAACUAGCUAAAUUUAUUGUCACUAUGUACAUACUGUUUUGCAGUGACAUCUAUUUUUAUAAUGUACUGUUGGAAAAAAGUUGCCUUAAUAUUUGAAAUGUGUGAAAUUGUUGGAACAUUGCUAGACAGGGUAAUCUAAAUCUUUAUCUGCAUAAUUUUUCAAAUUAGUAAUUUUAAUGGUGUGCAUAUUUAAGUUCUAAAAAUUUUUGCUUCUCAAACUAAAAAGAAUUUCACCAAAAGAUUAAUUCUGUAUGUUUUCUGUGGGUUGAAGUCCAUAUUAUCAAAAGCAAAACUUUGAUUCAAAUUUUUCCCGCAUAGAUAUUUUUUCCACAGAACACAUUCAGUUGUUUAAACACUGCCAUAAGAUUGUUAUAAAGUUUUUCUGAUACUUUUUUUAAAAAUAAUUAUUGAUCAUAUGUGAUCUCCAGUACUUACAUAAAGGCACAAUAAUGACUUCAUGCUUUUAAAACAACUCACAAAAAUGUUUUCAUUCUCUUUUAUUACUAUUCUUAUGCUGAAAAUGAUUAUGUCAGUUCUUUUUCAUUAAAUUGCAGAUCUGAGGACUCAUAGCACAAUGUACUAGAUGACAGAUUAAGUAAAAACAAAGCAAGCCUAUGAAUUUAACUUGAAAAUUUUCAUGGUGUUUUAUAUUUUCCUAAGUAAUGUUUGAAAAGAAAAUAUACCUCACUAUAAGUUUGAAUUUGGCAUAUUGUUUGAAUAAACUUCAAAUAUUCAGAAUACAAAGGGUUUGACUUUUUGAGGGGCCUUUAAAAUGUUCAUAUAAUGAACUAUGUAAGUCUGUAAAAAUGUAUUGGCAUUGUUUUGAGACAUGUGAAAAUUUGUAAGUACCAUCAAGCAGAAACCUGUCUUGGUUGAUAAUCUUUUUGAAAUGUUGCCACAGUUUUGCUUCACAUAUUUCUCUGUCAGAAUGUAAGAGUUGUGUGUUUUUGUAAAGAUCAAGCGUAGGAAUAAAAUAGUGAAUAGCCUACAGUUUUCAAAUUGAUUUCUACCAUAUUCACUUAAUGUGCUGACCUUAAAGAAAUGAACAUACACUGUCAGUAUUUAGAAAUAAAUUACAGAGGCAGAGAUAUAUGUGAUUCAUCCAGAUAAAUUCUGGCAUUGGUUAGCUGAAAUGGUUAGUGAUGUUAAUCAACUGUGUCUUCUCCUCCUACAUUGUUUUGAGAGUGCUUUGUGGUUACUGGUUCCUAUUUCCUAGGUAAUGGUGGUCAGCCUGGGGAGAGGUGUCCUUGGGCAUUAAAGGUAGAUUCUUAGCUGCU